UUCUUCUUCACUGAAAAUGAAACAAACCAAUGGGAUUCAGUUUGACCAACAUGAAUCAGUCUUUUGGAUGUAUUUGUAAGGCGUUGCUGUAGUUCUUUUUUGAGAUUAUAAUUACACAAAACCCCCUCUUCUUAUGUAUAAUUAGCUGAGGUGAGGGUGCUGUAUAAUUUUGCUUUUCCCACAACACACACACAACACACAGUCAGAGAGACAGAGAGAGAGAGAGAGGGAAACAAAGUGUGAAGAUGGGAGGAGGAGAUGGAAGCUGUAGAGGUAAGAGCGCGGCGGUGUUACCAUCAAACACUGCCGUCAAGCUUUGCAUCAAAUCUCAGGAUGGAGAUGAAUUGUAUUUCCGUUUUGGACGUGAAAAAAGAAUGAAAGCUCUACUCUCAAAGUACUGUGAGGAAAAAAAUGUAGACCUGGAAACACUACGGUUUUUGUAUAAUGGCCGCCAGAUCAACUUUUCGGCCACUCCGACAGAGCUUGGCAUGGAGGAUGGGGAUAUGAUAGAUGCCAUGACGAGCCAAGAUGGAGGUGGCUACUUUGAGAACCAUCGCUGAACUUGAAAAUUCGAGCAGCAUGAACAAUAUUAUAACUAAUAUAUAUUGUUGCGUCCUUUGAAUUUGGUUGGAUAAUUGGAACUUAAAGCUAA